AUGGAUCCCUUCAUGAACAGCACUCCCACCUCCGAGUCUGCCUCGCCCAUGCCUACUUCACCACCCUUGAAGUCUCGACCGCAUUCGCUUGCAAUCUCCCGUUCCGAUUCCGUACGAGCCCCUAUCCACGACCGUGGUAAUCGCAACUCUACUCACGUCCACUUCGCCUCGCCGAGUCACAUCGAAAAGUCAGAGCUACAAGGCUUGCAGAGAUCAGCCACGAAACAUCUGCGCACCCUGUCGAAAUUCGCCCAAAACACCGACGAUGACGACUUCACGAUCAAGUCUCCUGAGCAAGAGGUUGUUGGUCUCCAUGGGAGGAGAAGAUUACAGCGUACCAUGACAACAAAAGAGAAGAAGGGCACAGAGAGCACUAGCAAGUUCACAAGCAGUUGGGAAGCUAGCAAGUGGAUGGACCGCCAGCGUCAGUUCUUGCAGGCUUACGAGUAUCUGUGUCACAUUGGUGAAGCCAAAGAGUGGAUCGAGGACAUCAUCCACAAACAGAUUCCAGAGAUCGUCCAGCUCGAAGAGGCACUUAGAGACGGUGUUACCUUGGCUGAAGUUGUGCAAGCCAUCCAUCCCGACCGACCCAUCCGUAUCUUCAAACACGAACGCCUACAAUUCCGCCAUUCCGACAAUAUCGCUCUGUUCUUCCGCUUCCUCGCCGAGAUGGAACUGCCCGAACUCUUCCGUUUCGAAUUGGUUGAUCUCUAUGAGAAAAAGAACAUACCCAAGGUCAUAUACUGCAUCCACGCCCUGUCAUGGCUUCUCUUCCGCAAGGGAGUCGUAGAUUUUCGCAUUGGUAACCUUGUCGGUCAAUUGCAAUUCGAAGAUCAUGAGCUCGAAGCCAUGCAGAAAGGCCUUGAUAAGGCUGGCAUUAGUAUGCCCAAUUUCUCAGGCAUGGGGGCCAACUUUGGUGAGCCAGAGCCAGAGCCAGAACCAGAACCCGUUGAGACGGAAGAAGAGCGGAUCCAGAGAGAACUCUCCGAGCACGAGGCCAUGGUCGAGGACUUGCAAUCACAGAUUCGUGGUGCUAUGAUCAGGUUAAAACUCGGUGACACUAUGAAUCAGCUAUGGGACGCCGAAGAAGCCCUUGUCGACCUUCAAUCGCGGAUUCGUGGAGACUUUGCUCGCCAGAUUUCAGACUACCGUAUGGACAUGAGACGAUUCGCUGUUCAGCUUCAGAGUGCUGCUAGAGGCUUCCUCAUUCGCAAGCAUCGCAGCAACCGUGAGCAAACCUGGAAAAGCCAGGAGAAGCAAGUCAAGCAAGACAUGGGAAUCCGCAACCUCCAGGCCGCUAUUCGUGGUGUACUGAGUAGAUGGAAUGUCAGUGAUCAAUAUGAAGCUACUCGUGAAGCUGAAGAACCAGUCCGCUGGCUCCAAGCAGCAAUCAGAGGAGCUAUCAAGAGAAAACAGGUUGAGCGCCAAAUUGAACAGAGUCAUGCCUCCGAGGAGCACGUUGUCUCUCUACAAGCUGCGAUCAGAGGUAUGCUCGAGAGAAAGGGCAUGCCGCAAAUGCCGAUCUGCUUAGAAAGCACUCGAGAUCCGUUGCAACACUCCAACAUGCCAUGGCUGGCUUUAUACAGCGUCGGAAACUCGAACACACUCGCACAUCUCUGGAAUCCGAGACUCCGGCCUGGCUCGAACUCCAAUCUGCAGCACGAGGAUGUGAACGCGAUCAAGGAUGCGCUUAAUUACCGAGAGAACUCCAUUCUCACUUUCCAAAGUUCUGCUCGUGGUCAUAUGUUCCGCAAGAAGCACCAUGCCGACAUCAACGCUCUGCAUGCACAGAAAUCAGCAAUCAGGGACCUUCAGUCUCUGUCGAGAGCCUAUCUCGAGCGUCAACGGGUCUUUGACGUUUUGUGUCAGCUUAAUGAGCAAGAGGACCAAAUUGUUGAGUUGCAGAGUAUCGCUCGCGCCCUGCUUGGACGUCGUGACAUAGGUGUACUUCUUGGUCAACUUGAAGAUGAAGAGGAUGCUGUCAUGGAAUUGCAAUCCGCGAUUAGAGGAUCACUUGUGAGACGAGAGUUUGCCGAGAAGCAACGCUUCUACAAGGAAAAUAUGGAGAAGGUCAUCAAAGUCCAGAGCAUCAUCCGCGCCCGUCAACAAGGUCAAGCAUACAAAAGCUUGACAAGCGGCAAGAACCCGCCUGUUGGUACUGUGAAGAAUUUCGUUCACCUCCUUAAUGACAGUGACUUCGACUUCGAUGAGGAACUCGAGUUUGAGAGACUGCGCAAGACUGUGGUUCAGCGUGUACGUCAGAACGAGAUGGCCGAACAAUACAUCGAUCAACUGGAUAUCAAGAUUGCGCUGCUUGUCAAGAACAAAAUCACCCUCGACGAAGUCGUCAAGCAUCAACGACAUUUUGGUGGCCACGUUGGUAGUCUCCUGAACAACACCGAGAUCUCGUCCAAGGAUCCCUUCGACCUUAAAGCCUUGAACAAGAACUCGAGGAGGAAGCUUGAGCACUAUCAGGAGCUGUUUUUCCUCUUGCAGACUCAACCACAAUAUCUUGCACGCCUCUUCCACAAGCUGAAAGAACAAGGCAUGCCGGAGCAAGAGGGUAAGAGGAUCGAGCUGCUCAUGAUGGGCCUCUUUGGGUUUGCACAGAAACGCAGAGAAGAGUACUACCUCCUGAAGCUAGUAACACGCUCCAUUCAAGAAGAAGCAGAGCACAGUGCUUCUCUUCAGGACUAUCUCCGUGGUACCUUCUUCUGGAGCAGAUUACUGGCUGCCUAUGUCAGAAGCCCUCGUGAUCGCAAGUACAUGCGUGAUCUGUUUGGACCGCUCGUCAGAGAAAGCAUCUUCGAGAAUGCAGACUUAGACCUUGAAAGUGAUCCAAUGCAGAUCUACCGCGCCUCGAUCAACAACGAAGAGCUUUCCACUGGACAGCGCAGCCGCAGGAACCCAGACAUCUCACGCGAAGAGGCUAUUCGUGAUCCCGAAACCAGAGAUCUCUUUGUAUCGCACUUACAAGAUCUUCGCGAUAUCUGCGACCACUUCUUCAUUCUUCUUGAAGAGACUUUACCCCGUAUGCCUUACGGUCUGAGAUUCAUUGCUCAGCAAACCUUCAAUACCCUUGUCGCUACCUUCCCAGGAGAAAGCCAGCAGCAUCUCCUUCAAGUGGUUGGCCACUGGCUAUGGAAGGCCUACCUCGCCCCUGCAUUGACCCAGCCAGAGAUGUGGGGCAUUAUUGAUCGAGGUCUGAGCCCCAUACACAAGCGAAACUUGGGAGAGGUCAGUAAAGUUCUCGGUCAGGUAUACGCCGGCAGACUGUUCGGCGGCGACCAUAUUUAUCUGCAGCCUCUGAACACCUGGGUCGGCGAGGCUAUAGAGAGGAUGGAGGAACUUCUUCCUGAGCAACAAUUCGACAUCGAUGAGUUCAACGACCUCUUCGCUCGUGUCAAGCCCACACUGUACAUCAAAAUGGCAGAUAUCUUUGCCAUCCAUCAUCUUGUGACAAACGAGCUGUCGCACCUCUCAGAUCCUGAUGAUGUUCUACGUGAGAUCAUUCGCGAGCUCGGCAGUGCUCAGAGCAACGAGAACGAAAUGAUGGGUGUCGGCUCGAACGAAAUCAGCCUGCAGCUGACGCCCAAGUUCCAUGACAAACAAGAUCCGGAAGCCGACCUCAAACAACUCUUCAUGGAAACCAAGCGUCUCGUUUUGUUCAUCAUCAGGAUACAAGCUGGAGCUAAUUUACUUGAGAUCCUUGUCCGUCCUAUUACACCAGAGGAUGACGACAAGUGGUUCUCACUUUUGGACGAAGAGGCCCUGCACCAAAGAUCCAACCCAAGAGUGCCUUCGGCAUACUCUGGUAUGAUGGAUGACGAGCCGGCAUCCACUCUGCUGGACAUUACUUCAAUGUCAUACGCCGAAGUCAAGAGCACAGCUCUCGAGAACAUUCUGAUGCUUGAGCAGCAAGGCAAAGUCAGCAGACACAAUCAGUACCAAGACCUGCUCAAUGCUAUCGCUAUUGAUAUCAGGACGAAGCACCGCCGUCGUGUGCAAAGAACUCGCGAACUGGACGGGGUUCGUGCUACGCUUACGCAACUCGAUUCGAAGGCGUCUUACUUGGACGAGCAACUGCAGAGCUACAACGACUAUAUCGAGCAGGCAAUGAUCACGCUGCAAAACAAAAAGGGCAAGAAGCGAUUCCUGUUGCCUUUCACCAAGCAAUACAAUCAUGAGCGUGAACUUGCUCGAUCUGGUCGCACACCUAAGUUUGGUUCCUACAAGUACUCGGCCCGCUCCCUCGCCGAGAAAGGUGUGCUUGUUAGCUGGGAGGGUUACGAUGCAACUCAAUGGAACCGCAUCAACGUCACGAUCUCUUCAGAUGAAGUUGGUGUGUUCCAUAUCGAGGGAAGCAUGGGUAGUCUCAUGAUCCCAGGCGCCAGCGCGUCUGUACCUCUGGACGACCUCCUUCAAGCACAGUUCGACAACCAUCAGUUCAUGAACCUUUUCCGUGGUACUGGUGGUGAAGGUGGUCUGAAGUUGAACGUCAACCUCUUCUUGCAUCUGGUUUUCAAGAAGUUCUACCGCGAAGAGUAG